AUGUCUUUGUCAGGAGCCCAGCGCCUUUGCAUGGCCGUGAUCAUCGUCGGAUUCAUCGUCUCGUUGACAGGCUACGUGUCGCCAUACUGGGAGUACAUUAGUGUCGAUGAUAACGUAACUGUGGAAGAAUAUCGAGUUGGUCUGAUCUUUGGGUGCUAUACACGAAGAACGCCCAUUGGAACCACAAGCAACUGUCAAGUUAUUGACUGGGACAACGCAGUUGACGAAAUGAUCUUUUUCAAGGCUGUUCGACUGCUAGCCGUGACUUCUCUCCUCUUUUACACCAGCAGCUGUGUUGUAGCAGCCAUCUCCUGCUGCAACUGUCGGAAAAUUACUUCUGUUGUCUACUUCAGUUCCCUGGCAAUCAUGGGAGGACUGACCGGUGUUGCUGCAGGAGCCACCUUUGCAGCGUUUUCUGAAGGUAACACGGAUUUCAUUGAAGAACUUAAAAAACCAGGAGUGCAUCUACACAAGGGGUGGGCUUUUUAUCUGAGUACAUCCGGAAGUUGUGCGGUGCUCCUCCUUGGAAUUUUAUCUCUAAACGCCCCCAAAAAGCGCACGAUGUACGUGUUUACAGCCACAAAUGAAAGUACCAGAUUCUCUAACUCGGGAUACCAGCGAUUCAAAUAA